AUGACGACGGCGGGCUCGUCCUCCAGCGCCAAAGCCCGAGUGGCUAUCGGCAAGAAUAUCAAUGUGGAGACGUACGAGAUGCCAUGGGUGGAGAAGUAUCGUCCGCUAUUACUGGACGAUAUAGUCGGCAACUCGGAUACAGUCGAGCGGUUAAAGGUGAUCGCGGAGGAUGGGAAUAUGCCUCAUAUUAUCAUAUCGGGCAUGCCAGGUAUCGGCAAGACGACGUCUAUACAUUGUCUAGCGCACGCUUUACUGGGGGAUGCGUACAAGGAGGGUGUACUGGAGUUGAAUGCGUCGGAUGAGCGAGGUAUCGAUGUGGUACGGAAUAAGAUCAAGUCGUUUGCGCAGCGGAAAGUGACGCUGGCGGAUGGGAGACAUAAGAUUAUUAUUCUGGACGAGGCGGACUCGAUGACAUCCGGUGCGCAACAAGCCCUCCGCCGAACCAUGGAGAUCUACAGCAACACGACCCGAUUCGCCCUCGCGUGCAAUAUGAGCAAUAAGAUCAUCGAGCCGAUCCAGUCCCGGUGUGCUAUUCUGCGGUAUGCCAAGUUGAAGGAUGCGGAGGUGAUGAAGCGGUUAAAGGAGAUCUGCGAGUUUGAGGAGGUCAAAUCCAACGAUGAAGGUCUCCAAGCGCUCAUUUUCACCGCCGAAGGCGAUAUGAGACAAGCCAUCAACAACCUCCAAUCCACUUGGUCAGGAUUCGGAUUCGUAUCCGCCGAUAACGUCUACAAGAUCUGUGAUCAACCACAUCCGCACAAGAUCCGUGCUAUGAUCAGGGAAUGCCAAAAAGGCGAUAUUGACUCGGCGCUCGCAAGAGUAGGCGAGCUCUGGGAUCAGGGGUACGCCGCGGUAGAUAUCGUGACGACCAUUUUCAGAGUGACCAAGACGGUCGAGGAGUUGCCCGAGUAUCUCAAGCUGGAGUUUAUCAGGGAGAUCGGCUGGACACAUAUGCGGAUAUUGGAGGGCGUGGGAACACUGACUCAGCUCGGUGCGAUGAUUGCGAGGUUAUGCAAGCUGAGCACGGCGCCGCAUAUGAUGACCCUGUAA